CCACGAGCAGGAAAGUAAACCUGGCCAAGUGGUAACACCGUCGUCAGGUCCCACACUCCAGUCUCAGUAUCUCCCGUGCUACACACGUACCCCGUUCCUGGAGGACUGACUGCCUCGACGUCUUCUCUCCCCCGUCCUCCCAUUGUCCUUUAUAAAGGAAGGUGGCAAUGGCGUCUCCACCGUGAAGUUGCAAAGCUAGCUCGCUUGCAAGUCGCAACGGUUUUUAGCUAGCUGGUUGCGCGUGCUUUUCUUUAUUUGCGAGCGAGAGGAGUUUGUUAUAACGAACUGAGCAAUGGGGAGGCAACCGUGCUGCGAUAAGGUGGGGCUGAAGAAGGGCCCGUGGACGGCGGAGGAGGACCAGAAGCUCGUCACCUUCCUCCUCAUCAACGGCCAGUGCUGCUGGCGCGCCGUGCCUAAGCUCGCCGGACUACUGCGGUGCGGGAAGAGCUGCAGGCUGCGGUGGACCAACUACCUGCGCCCGGACCUCAAGCGCGGGCUGCUGUCGGAGGAGGAGGAGAGGACGGUGAUCGACCUGCACGCGCAGCUGGGCAACCGGUGGUCCAAGAUCGCGUCGCACCUGCCGGGGAGAACGGACAACGAGAUCAAGAACCACUGGAACACGCACAUCAAGAAGAAGCUCAAGAAAAUGGGCAUCGACCCUGUGACACACAAGCCACUCCAUCAGCCAGCUCCUCCUCCUCCUCUUGAGGAGCCAGCUGGCUCGUCGGGGGAGGAGAAGCAGAUCGUCACGGCGAUCACGUCAGGAUACGAUGAUGCAUCGUUCUGCACCGACGACGUGCCCAUGGCGCUCCUCCUGGACGACAUUGACAUCGUGUUGCCAGGCGACGACGUGGUCAGUGCACAGGCCGCGGCCUGCUUCGGCACUGUUUACUCGCCCGAGUCGUCUUCUUCCUCCUCCUCGUCCAACUCCGCCUCCGCGGCAGCAUCGAGCGGUGGCACCAGCAGCGUCGACGGCGAGUGGCUUGAUUGGCCGCCGAUGAUGGACUGGCCGGAGCCGAUGUGGCAGCUGGAGGACGUGGUUACUGCGCGGAAGCCAUGGGAGUUCGAGGACCCCUUCGUCACAUACCAGAGGAUCGCCUUGUUUGAACACCAGGAAACAUUAUGAUGAAUUGGUCUUCCUUUGCGGGAAAAUAUGUUUUUCAGCUAAAUAGUAGUACUAUAUAUUAAUACACAAACGAUUACACAGAUCA